AUGUGCGGCAGCGACAUCUUCUUGGGCUUCCUGGCCAUUCUCUUUCCCCCCAUCGCUGUAUGGGUCAAGCGCGGCAUCUGCUCGGCCGACUCGUUCAUCAACAUCGCCCUCUGCUGCCUGGGCAUCCUGCCCGGCCUCAUCCACGCCUGGUACAUCAUCUCGCGCUACCCCGACCCGACGUACGACGAGCUCGCCCAAGAACCCGAGGGCGGCCGUGUGACAUACUACUAUGUCCAGCAGAGUCACCGUCCCUCCGUGAGCAGCUCAAGGGGCCCUGGCUAUGGCACCAUCACCGGCGCUCCCAGCAGUCAAGCCGAGGGCUCGCAGCCCCAGCAGUACCGUCAAGACCAGCAGAUGCCUAGUGCCUCGAAGAAGGGCGAUGCUGCAAACCCUCCCACUUAUGCCGAGGCUGUCAAGGGCGACAACAAGACGCAGUCGCACGACUAG